UGAAAAUUUAAUGAAAUCUCAACCAACAGAUAUUGUGACUGAAUUUAGAUGUUCUAAUCUACAGAAUAGAAUCAACCAAUAAUUUGUGAGACUUUCAAAAAUAUCAAAAAAAUAAGGCCUCAAGUUCUUUAUAAUUAAGUAGUUUUAAAAUGGUAAAAAGAAUGAACAGUAAUAGUUAUUUUUUUCGAUAAUUAAUAAUACAAUUAGAAAAAAUGGAUUACAAUGAUGAAAGCGUUGGGCUAUGCUAUUGUUGCGUGUUCUUUCGUUAUAAAUAGUAUACUUAUUUGAUGAUGAUAACCAAUGCCAUUUAGGGGAUAAUUUUAAUGGGAAUAGGAAUUUUAGGUCUAUUAGAAGAAGUGUAGUUGCUUGUAUUUUCAACACCAAUAACAUUGAGUUUUUUAUGUUUAGGUAAUGAAAUUUUAAUAUAAAGAUAGGUAGUUUGGUUGUUUUUGGACUCAUAUUAUAAUUAAUAUUCUUGAUGAGAAAUUCAGUCCUAUAUGUAGGGAGAAUGAUGGUAGUGGUAAACUUUUUAACUUCUCUCUUUGAUUUAAGUUCAGGAAUAAUAUUACUUUUGUCUUGUUUCAUGGAAUUAAAUUUCAUAGAAUUCAAUGAUAUACAGUAAUCUUUCAGCGCGUCCUAAAGAACCAUUUUAUUAAUAAUCUCAAUACUAAUAAUUGUUGUAUCUUUAUAUGGAUUUUGGAUGACUUUUCUUCAAUACCAGACUAUUAUACCAUUAUAAGAGUAAUUGUAGAAAGAGUUCAAAGUUGUACCAGUAAUUUCAUUAAGACAAGCAGUAGCUAGAAAGUUAUCAAAGAAUUUCAUUGGAGAACUCACUCCCAAUGACAAUGGGAAGGUGAAUAGACAAGCGAGAGGAGAUUCAACAUCUGAGCAGUCUCAACCUUUAUAGAGAAUGCAAGUAUGAGAUUAUAAUCAAUUAAUAGUCAAAGCAAUUUAAGUAGAUUGAAUAAAAUGAACCUUAUGCAAAUCAAAGAAGUGAAAAACUAAUAAAAGUUAGUGAUAAUUUGGCUCCAUACAACGAAUUUUAUACUAUCUCCACUAAUACUAUGAGACAUCCUCAAUAAACAGAUGAAUUAUAGACAUUAAGAAGAUAAAAGACUCCAAGAGCUACUUAUAUUAAAUAAUAAUAAGAAAGUUGA